AUGGAGAAAGAACGGACUCUAGUACGAGAAGAUGGCUCAAAACCCUCACCGUCAAAAUCUUCCGGCAACAUCAAUUCCCACAUGCACUACAACCUUUACUUCAAGGGCUUGAUAAGGGAAGAAACAACAGGUUUAUUGGCAGGGUUUGGCGUUGCGAUAUGCGACGAAGAUGAUAAUCUCUUGUUUCAGACGAAAGGAUCACUUCAUGAAUCUUCCAUUACAGCUUUGGAGGCUGAGCUUACGGCACUGAAGCAAGGACUAACCCAAGCCGUGGGUUUGGGGAUCAAUCAUAUCUUCAUCAACUGUGAUUAUCUACCGGUUUUCAAAUUGGUCAUGGGACGAUCUGCGCCUGAGAAAGUCAGAAUUGCUUUACUUAUGGAUGAUGUGCAACGCAUCAGACAACAACUGAGAUCUAGCAUCGCUGUUCUGAUGACUGAAAAUCAAACAAAGUUUGCUUAUAACCUCGCAAUGGAAACAGUAGUUUCUGAAAUCAGCAUAAGUAUCCCUCCUGCUCAGAAGAGUACUACUUGCUGUAUCUGUUUCGAUGAUGGUUUAGAGGAUGAUCAGAUGUUCUCUGUGCUUUAUGUGGUCAUCAAUUCUGCAUGGAGUGCAUGA